CUUGGCAAGCCCGUGUCGAGUUGAGUGAGUUUUCGUGUUCUCAUACAACUUCGAGUUUCGUCAAGCCUUACUUCGACGACGGAUUGAUCUGUACGGUGACGGGUAGUUCUCUGAUGUUGAACACUAGUCAUGCAACAACUGAAGACUCGAAAGCCACCACGGACGCCUUCGUCGCGUCCUCCCCGCACAUCGGGCAGCGUUUCCAAUCGCUCAUAUGGACGUGUCUCGACUUUGAGCUCGUCCGAUCCGCCCUGUUCUAUGCCGAAAGAUAUUAUGCCAUGGACAUGGACAGCCAUGACGCACGCCACCUUUAUGCUUCCGCGCUUCUCCGUUCGAAGCAGCCACAUUCUGCGCUCAAGAUCGUAAGCGACCCAAACGAACAAACCAAUCGAUGCAAUGGGUGCUUGGAGAUCAGAGCACAGUGCUGUUCAGCUCUAGGACGACAUCGUCAGGCCCGCGAAGCUCUGGAGGCUCGUUUGCAGGACUUGAGCGACCUGCCGACAUCUACGACGAGCUCUCGCACUACCCGUGCUUUUUCAGAGGAAGCGGCGCUUCGAUGUCGAGCUGGCACGUUCGCCAUGAAGGGGAAUGUGCCCGGGAAAGCUACUUCUAGCUUUUCGCAAGCGCUAUCACUUGAUCCGAUGGUAUGGGAGGCCUUUGAAGGACUUUGUUCCCUUGGGACUGCUCCUGAAGUCGACCAGAUCUUCCCUCCUAAACCUAUACCAACGAAGCGAACUGCUCCUGCAGAGCCACCGCCAAUCAAGGUGCAACCAGGGCCCACUGCUGCUGGAGCUGAACUCUUCUUCCCCGACACCGGACGAAGUAUUCUCCUUCGAACUCGUAAAAAUGUCCCUCAGCCACUUCGAAUGGAACUCCCGAAUGGACCACGCGACUCUAUAGCUGCUAGUGAUUCUUUCUUCCCCACUGACAAUUCCUUCCUCCAACCCCCUGUGCGUCAUAGUCGUGCAGAGAAUGUUCCAGCAGGACCAUCACACCCGCCUGUCCGGCCGCUUUCCUCGACAGAUGAAACCGGUCCGGUACAGAAACGUUUGCGCCCCACAACUCGACAGCGAAGUAUCGAAGCGACGAAAACCAAGUCAUCGAAAGCCUUUGUAGACGAAACUCUGAAAAAGGCACGCGCCCGCCCGGCCUUGACAUUUGCUAACAUCUUCUCAUCACCCAGUCGCCGUUCUCAGCCCAUUCAGAACUCCAAGACGAUUAUUGGGACCGGAAAGAAUGAGCGAACCGUCGGGAACAUAGUCCUCGGUCCGCGGCGAAGCACGCGGUUGUUGAGCGGCACAUCUAAUAAAGCGUCUGGAAAACAUCCACCAGUCCGAGAACGUCGCCGUCAGCUAACGACUUCAAGAUCUCGUUCGGUCGAGACUGACCUCGACGAUGAUGCUAUUAUCGCCGCUGCCGAGGUUGCAUCCUCCAACUCACCAGCUUCCGAGGCUUCCCCUGGGCCGAAUAACUGGACCCUUGUAGAUGAACAGGCAGCUCAAGAGACCUAUGAAGUAGAAUUGGCUGCCUACUACAUCUACGAUUUGGUGCGGCGUUUCGCCAAAGCCACGCGAGCUUUGUCGGUAUAUGAUUGUUAUACUUGUCUUACGGAGAUUGGUCAGAUGCCUGCUGUGCACCAGCAGUCAUCGUGGGUACUGGCUAUGGCAGGGCGAGCUUACUAUGAGAGAUUGGAGUAUGCGUCUGCUGAACGUGCGUUCAGGGCUGCUAGGGAUCUCGAGCCUUAUCGACUGGAUGAUAUGGAAGUGUAUUCAACUCUAUUGUGGCACCUACAACGCAACGUGCACCUUUCAUAUCUGGCGCAGGAAUUAAUGAACAUCGACGCGUGUUCGCCGCAGGCUUGGAUUGCGACUGGAAACCUAUUUUCCUUGCAGAAGGAACGUUCCCAGGCUUUGACAUGUUUUCGUCGGGCGGCUGAGUUGGAUCCCUGUUGUGCUUAUGCAUACACCUUGAGUGGGCAUGAGUCUCUAGACGAAGAUCUCGACAAAGCCAUUUCAUUUUUUCAAAGAGCUCUGCGUGCGGAUCCUCGACAUUACAAUGCUUGGUAUGGCCUGGGCACAUGCUAUUUGCGCAUGAGCAAAAUCCGACUUGCUGAGUAUCACUAUCGUAAAGCGCUGGAUAUACAUCCUCGAAACGCGGUGCUCCUCGGAUGUGUUGGCAUGACGGUGGAGCGACGUGAAGAUAAGGCUGCGGCACAUUCUCUAUUUGAUCAGGCAGUACGGCUGGCGCCGGACAACGCCCUGGUUCGGUAUAGAAGAGCGAAAAUCCUUAUCUCGAUGAAGCGGUACAAGGAGGCAGCUGAAGAUUUGCACAAGCUGCGGGAUUCGUCACCCGAAGAGUCGAAUGUCGUGUUCCAGCUCGCAAAGGUGUACCGACUUAUGGGUGAUGAGGUCAGGGCAGCACAAUGGCUCGCCAUUGCACGUGACAUGUCGCCCAAAAGCGUCAACAAAUUGAAAAAGCUAAUCGAGACGGUCAAGGGGGAGACAGGGGGAGACGACCAGAUGGACGAGGGAUGAGAAGCAGCUGCCAUCGGAGAGACAUGUGGUGCCAUCAUACGUACAUACAUAUUUGUGCAGGAGGGUCAUUGGAAUGCCAGGAUUACGAUUACGUCGGUGGUGGAUGUUUGGCAUUGUUUGCCCCACGGCGAAGUGGCG